AUGUCCACUCCCGUUCGUCCGAAGCCAUAUUCCUUGAGAACUGAUCGGAGUUAUCGGACAUCAGUGAUUCGUGGACCAACAGGAGAGCGCAGAAAACGAGUAGCUUCUCCUAUUCGUUACAGCCCGAUAUCGAGAGUUGCACCAUCCGAACUGGCUAACGCCCCAAAAGCAAAAAGAACUCGUAAGGCACGUCUAUCACUGGAUCGUUUCAACGCUUACACCGAUAUUUCGCCUCGUCCAGAAGGUGUCUCUCAUCCAUCCCCACAUCUUCGCGAAAACAUGCCGAUUCCACGUCUGCAGUUUGACAACGAAGACUUCAUGGAUAUGUACGCAGAUGAGAAUAGUAAUGACACCCCAACACGUCAUCGCCCGGAUUCUGUUGCAUUUUUGUCUCAGUGCCUCUCCGAUGCCCUUCGUUCCGUGAUCACCGAGCCACCACUAAAGUGUCCAUACAUUUCUCCCCGCUUAUCGACGCUCCGCCCACGGUCUCAUCUCAGAACUCCAGAAUACUGUUAUUCAAGAAAGACAACUGCUGCUAAUAUUCCAAAAAUGCUCGUCGCGGAUAAAGAAAACUAA